AUGGUUUCCAAAAGGGGUCGGCAUGGGGGAGGCGGGCCGAAGGGCCUGCAGCUGUGCCGCACAGCUGCGUGGCGCCAGCCAAAACGGCACCGAGUUUUGACAAGCUUCGCUGCCACUGUGUACACUGAUCCGCAACAGUUCGGGCCAGGUACCAAGUUGACAGUGUUGGAUCCCAACUUGGAAAUCAAAGGUCCCAAAAUCUCCAUCCUCCAACCGUCGGAGAGAGAAAUCAGAAAGAAAAGUAGAGUCACGGUGGUCUGCCUCAUCACUGACUUCUACCCCAACAAUGUCAAGGUCCAGUGGCUGGUCGACGGCGAGAAGCUGCUCACCAAUGACUCCCGAAUCCACACCGACACCGAGAUCCAGGCCAACAAGAAGAAUUCGUCGUUCCAUCUCAGCAGCCGACUAAUCCUUGACGCCUACGACUACAGCACGAGGAGUAGAAUUGCCUGCAAUGUUCAACAUUUUCAGAACGGAAGCACGGCCACGGAAUACGAGGGAACACUCAACGUUGGAAUCGAUCGCUGUGCAUUGACAAACCGACAGAUACUUCAUAGCAUAAAAUACGGCAAUUUGACGUUCUUGAUCCUUGUUUGCAAAAGUGUUCUCUACGGACUCAUUGUGUCAGUUCUCGCUUGCAAAGCCAAGACAUCUUACAGCAAGAGGUUUGACUGACAAUCAGGUGUCAGAAGGCGCAGAGUCCUUGGAAUAGAAGCUUGUGAAUUAUCGCCACAUGCGUCGACCCAGCUUGUUGACUCUCUGUGGGAGAGUCUGGUAAAUGUUCAGUCUAUGCUCACCUCUCUGCUGAGGAGACCCCCGUGUGCCUGCUCCCUGACGCACCCCAAAUCUCACCGUCUGAGUGAGUUAGGGCCCAGCUUGUCCUUCCUCCCAACCUCGAACUCUCUGCCCAUUAACUGCUGUUCUCCUUAAUUUGGGGUGCGAUGCAGUCCUGCAGUGAGGAGUGCCGAUGGUCCUCAAUUCCAGAGACCCCGGUUCAAUCCUGACCUCCGGUGCUAUCUCUGUGUGUGUGUGUGUGUGGACCUGUUGUUUCUGCAACUCGACAGAUUCCUCCACAUUAUUCUCGCUGAUUUCCCCGAUUCUAUGCUUUCUAUGAUUUCGUGAUUUUGUCAUUUUAUGGUUUUUUUUCAAGAUUUCAUUAUUUGGUGAUUCUCCGACUUCAUCCUUCCAUGAUUUUAUUAUUUUAAGAUUUUAUUCGUCCAGGAUUCCACCAUUUCAUGAUUUCCUGACUUUAUUAGUUUAUGAUUCUGUGAUUUCAUGAUUUUAAACUUUCAUGAUUCCAUGAUUACUACCUUUUUCAUGAUUUUGUAACUUCAUGAUUCCGUGAUUGCUUUUUUCUUUGUGAUUUCAGAACUUCAUGAUUCCAUUAUUUCAUUUUUUUCACAAAUUUAAAGCUUCUUGUUUAUAUUUCUACUUUUCCACGAUAUUAUACACCAUGAUUUCGAUUUUUACAUGAUUUUUAGAACUGCAUGAUUUCAUGAUUUCGAUUUUUCCAUGAUUUUGAAACCAUGAUUCCAUCAUUUCUAUUUUUCGCGCUUUUGCAAUUUCUUGCUUCCAUGAUUUCCAUUUUUUAACGAUUUUGUAAUAUCCUGAUUUCUGUUAUUUCAUCAUUGUAUAACUUCCUGAUGUCAUGAUUUCUAUGUUUUCAUGGUUUUAUAACUUAUUGACUCCAUGAUAUUUUAUCAUGAUUUUAUAACAUUGUGAAUCAAUAAUCUCCUGAUCGUAUAAUUUCACGAUUCCACGAUGUUACAACCUCACGAUUCAAAGACCUCGUGAUUUUGUAACUUCAUGAUUCCGUGAUUUCUAUUUUCCCAGUCUUACAACUUUCUGAUCUCAGGACUUUAUAACUUCAUGAUUCAAUGAUUUUACAAGUUCCAGAUUCCAUGAUAUCUGCUUCCAAGAUGCCAUGAUUUCACUCCUUCGAGACUCUAUGAUUUCACCCCUGGCUGAGAUUUGAAACUUGUGUGUAAUAUCGACCGCUACAAAGCAGGUUGUCUAGCUGGGUUCCGUCCAGUGCAGUUGACCUGAGUCCUGCACAUGGUGUGCUUCAGAGCUCGUGAACGAGGGCGCGAAUCCCCAGACCAAGACGUCCAGUGUUAUCCGUGUGAGACACUGGAUUCACACUGCUGUGCAAGAAUGCACCUAUUUUCUUUGUAUCUUUCUAUGCCUUAACCAAUAAAAAAUAGAUGUUCCUGCAAAGAAAUUCA